GGAAGGGAGUUGCAGACCCAGCCCAGUUAUUAAUACUUCGACUUACACUAAAAGCAAGCCCUUUUUUCCCUAUUAACUGUGUACACUAUAUUUCCAUUCUUUCGGCGUAACUUGUACAUACGAAUACAAUGUUGAUAUCAGCUUCUACACGUAGUUCCAGUCCCCAUUCUUCUCCAUUUACUUCUCCACUGAAAGGAAAAGUGCCUGACCGCGUGGUCACUCACCCCCCACGCCUUGUACUAACACCAUUCAAUUUCGUCACUUAUUCUGACUGAGCGAAAUUUCUCUAUUUCCCUAAUUAUUCUUCCCCUUUUUACAACCUCUAGCCUCAGUAAUUCAAGCCUCAAGGCAAUUAAAUCAUUCUUCUUCCCUCCAGCUCUGCACACUCUUUCUUGUAUAAUAUAUAACCCUCGAGCCGGAAGAAGUUGAACACAAUUCUGUGUCUACAGCUAGGCCUAGCCAGCAUUGCCAGAGAGAUUCUGGCAGUGCAAAUCAAAAGACACAUCUCAGUAUUAAUCUAAUCCGAGACGAACUCUCUCAACAUGAACAGAUUAGGUAGAGGAUUGAGGCGCAUUGCCCUUCCCACCACAAUCGCCGCGGUCGGCGGUGGUGCGCUUCUAUACUCAUAUCGACCCAGGAAUAUUCCAGGCUUCGAAGGCCCUGCAGUUCCUCCCCCAAUCUACGGCGCCGACGGUACAUUUAAGCUCCCUAGGUUUCCGAAAGUAAAAUCACGAGAAGAGCAAAUAGCCGACUUAAAAAAGAGCACCAGACCAGAUGAAGAGUAUGAUAUGCUUGUUAUUGGCGGUGGAGCCACUGGAUCAGGUGUUGCGUUGGAUGCUGUUACUAGAGGUCUCAAGGUAGCAAUCGUCGAAAGAGAUGAUUUUAGCAGUGGCACCAGUAGUAAAAGUACUAAGCUUGUACAUGGUGGCGUGAGAUACUUGGAAAAGGCUGUAUGGAACUUGGAUUACAGUCAGUACCAAUUAGUCAAGGAGGCCCUCAAGGAGCGCAAAUACUUCUUGCAGACAGCUCCUCACCUGAGUUCAUGGCUACCUAUUAUGCUUCCCCUGGAUAAGUGGUGGAAGGCACCAUAUUAUUGGGCUGGUACUAAGUUCUACGAUUUCCUCGCUGGCAGCGAAGGUAUUGAGAGUUCUUACUUCUUGACCAGGAGUAAGGCUCUGGAUGCUUUCCCUAUGUUGAAGCAAACUGAUCUCGUCGGUGCUCUGGUAUAUUACGACGGCGCCCACAACGACUCUAGAAUGAACGUCUCUAUUGCUAUGACCGCAGCGGUAUAUGGAGCUACUGUACUGAACCAUGCCGAGGUGACUGGUCUAACAAAGGAUGAGAACGGCAAGCUAAAUGGUGCGGUGGUCAAGGAUACGAUUGAGGAGCGUAAUGGGAAGAAAUCUGAACCUAUUGCCGUCAAAGCCAAGUGUGUCGUCAACUGCACUGGUCCCUUUACCGAUUCUAUCCGAAAACUUGACGACCAGGAUUGUAAAGAAAUUGUCGCACCCGCUUCGGGUGUUCACGUCAUCUUACCCGGUUAUUACAGUCCUUCAAACAUGGGAUUGAUCGAUCCAUCGACAUCAGACGGACGAGUCAUUUUCUUCCUCCCGUGGCAAGGAAACACAAUUGCAGGCACGACUGACGAACCUACAUCUAUCACCCCGAACCCUCUUCCCGAUGAGAAGUCGAUCCAAUGGAUUUUGAACGAAGUUAGCCAUUAUCUCUCUCCUGAUAUCCAUGUCCGCCGCGGCGACGUGCUCGCAGCAUGGGCCGGCAUUCGUCCCCUCGUCAAAGACCCCAAGGCCCAAAACACGCAAUCACUAGUACGAAACCACCUUGUUGAUAUUUCCAGCUCCGGUCUCGUAACAUGUGCGGGUGGAAAAUGGACAACCUACCGACAAAUGGCGGAGGAUUGCGUAGAUGCAGCAGUCAAGGAAUUCAACCUUCCCACCAAGCCCUACCCUAACGCACCACGAGUCAGUGGCACCGAAGCCAUAGACGACGGUGCAAUCCUAGACGGAUCCUGCCAGACUCACAACGUCCGACUAGUCGGUGCUCAUGGCUUCAGCAAGACCUUGUUCAUCAACUUGAUCCAGCACUUCGGCAUCGAGACCGAGGUCGCCAAGCACCUGACAGAAAGCUACGGUGACAGAGCGUGGACUGUCGCAGCUAUGUGCAAGCCGACGGACCUGCGAUUUCCCGCGAGGGGAGAGCGGAUAGCUCGUCUUUACCCCUUUGUGGAUGGCGAAAUCAGAUAUGCCGUUCAGAACGAGUACGCGCAGACUGCCGUUGACGUCAUCGCACGGAGAACGAGAUUGGCAUUCCUGAACGCCCAAGCCGCACUUGAGUCCCUGCCUAAGGUCAUCGACAUCAUGAGCCAGGAGCUGAAGUGGGACCGAAAACGAGAGGAGCGGGAAUGGAAGGACACCGUAGUAUUCUUGCAGUCGAUGGGUCUGCCCGAGCCGAUGCUUUCCGUCACCAGAGCCCAAGUCGAGAAGGGCAAGCUCGACUUCAGCUCUUCACUCGAGUACAAGAUGUACUCGAGGCACAACAAGCCCCCCGUUGUAGAGGAGUAAAUUAUUAGAUAUAAAAGAGCGUACGGAUGGACCAAAGGAGAGGAGAUGGUAGGGGAGAGAAAGCGAGAGUUUUUACCUAGGUAGUUAGGUUAGAGAUAACUAAAAGAGACGGGGGGAAAUGAGGGGUUUUUUGUUGGGUAUAAAAAGAAAACCACCCUUACCUGUUAAUUCGAAGAUGUAGACGGCCGGCUGGAUGGAGCAAUUCUGGCGCGGGUUUUGCUAUUUUCCUUGGGUGCCAUUUUAAGGAGGAGGAGGAGGAGCAUUUCCGUCGCCUUAUGUUGAUUGUCGUCGCUUGCUGCUCAAGGCUGAUGGCGAUGGCGAUGGUGAUGGUGAUGGGAAAUUCAUAGCGGCAUGACAUGACAUGACAUGACAUGACAUGGCCUGUAGCUGUAAUGGAUUUGAUAGUCGAUAUAGCAAAUAGAAAAUGAAGACUAUGAAUAGUAGAUUUGGAUCUGGGGUGCUGUUUGAGAGCUAUUCUGAUAAUGGGAUAUACAUACCUCAUACAUACCUCAUACAUACCUCACACCAUACAGGUCGCGUUGACUGUUGAUACAAGGUAGGUUGGCAGUUUAACACCU